AUGGACUCGGGAACCUCUGAAACUGCGAGCCGUGCAGGCUCCGUGCCUGCGGGCAGCUUCCCUACUGAUCCGUCGGAGUUCGAUAAGGAUCCGCGCGUGUCUUUCUCCAAGCUUGACAACCAGUACAUUCUGGAGACUGAUGAUGACCGUGAGUUCCUCUGGGAUACCGGUAUCAAGCGCUGGGUCGAGUCGAUCGACGAGGAGCUCUUGCGCCAGCAGCAGGAGGCCUACAAGGUCGAAGGCGUCGACGAGACUGAGCCCGCUCACCCCCGGGAUCGCAAGCGCAAAAAGCAGAACCAUGACGCGGCCAAUGAGCCGAAGCAGAAGAAGCCCCGCGUGAACUGCGCCGUUUAUGUCACCUCAAUCCCCCUCGACGCGACCAUGGAGGAAAUCAAUACUGUUUUCAAGAAGUUCGGACUCAUCACUGAGGAGAUCGACACCGGAAAGCCUCGGAUCAAGAUGUACGAGGAUGAAGCUGGUAACUUCAAGGGCGACGCCCUGGUCGUGUACUUCCGGUCUGAGUCGGUAGACAUUGCGAUCCAGAUGCUCGAUGAGACGGAUUUCCGUUAUGGUGUCACCGGGCCCGAUGGUCCGAUGCGAGUCCAGGCCGCCGAUGCUGCCUGGAAGAGUGAUGAGGCGAAUCAGCCGGAUCAGAACCAAAAGCAGUCGACCAGGUCCAAGACGGAUCAGCGAAAAAUUGCAGAGCGCGCAAAGCGAUUCAACGAGAAACUCGGCUGCUGGGAUUCCGAAGAGGAGGGCCAAGUCUACAACAAGUAUGCCCACAUGGUCACUUUGAAGCACAUGUUCACGCUUAAGGAACUGGAUGACGACCCAGCUGCCAUUCUUGAAAUCAAAGAGGAUAUCCGCAAUGAGUGUGAAAAGUUUGGCGAGGUUACCAACACUGUGCUUUACGACCUUGAGCCCGAGGGGGUGGUCACUGUCCGUUUUAAGGAUCCAGCUGCUGCCCGCAAUUGUGUCGAGGCCUUUUCUGGUCGCAAGUUCAGCGGUCUCGAAGUUGUCGCCUACGUCCAAACCAGCCGUGAGAGAUACCGCAGGUCUGGCACCCAACGCGAUGCCCUCGAGGGAAUUGAUACCGAGGCAGAGGAGCAGAAGCGUCUUGACCGAUUCGGAGAUUUUCUCGAGGGCAAGUGA